AUGGAUAAACUGACCAUCAUCUCAGGAUGUCUCUUUCUGGCCGCCGCUAUCUUCGCCAUCGCCAGCAUCGCCAACCCGGACUGGAUCAACACGGGGGAGUCAGCGGGAGCACUCACUGUUGGCCUUGUGAGACAGUGUCAAACAAUCCAUGGACGAGACCGGACAUGCAUCCCUCCCUGGCUUCCCUCAGAAUGGGUCACCACACUGUUUUUUAUCAUCGUGGGAAUCAUUUCAUUGACUGUUACAGGUUUGCUGGUGGCUUCCCACUGGCGAAGAGAAGUUACAAAAUAUGCUGGAUGGAUAGCAUUCACUGCAAUGAUCCUUUUCUGUAUGGCUGCCCUAAUAUUUCCAAUAGGAUUUUACAUCAGUGAAGUCAGAGGUCAACUUUAUAAAUUACCCAACAACACAGUAGUUGGGUCAUCAUAUGUACUUUUUGUCUUAUCAAUUUUCUUUACAAUAGUAGGACUUCUAUUUGCUGGCAAAGUUUGUUUACCAGACUGAAGAAUGUUUAAAUUGCUUGACUCUCUUAUUUUUUUUUAUUUUAUUAUUUUUGGAGGGUGAGGAGGAUAAAGGCAAGGUAUCUGAGCAGUCUUCUCAUAGGAAGAUGCUUAGAUGAAACUGAUGCUGAAAAGGAAAAAAAAAUUGCUUUGAUUUGUUCUCACUAUGCACUUU